AUAUACGGCUGUGAUUAUAAUCGAAGAGAAUUCCCUUGGUAGAUAAUGCGGUCUACAUUUGAUUGUGAGGAAUUCUAAAUCAGAAGGACUUGAGUUCCUUUAUGUUGUUUUGGCCACACCACGUCCCGUUAACCAUAAAGCAUACGCCCCCGCCCCUCUUCUUACCAGAAAGAUGUUUGUUUCUGUCGGCGCGAUGCGUGGAGAAACCAGCUGGCUGCACCGUCUCUGAUAGUGUCUCUCCAGUGAGCCAUGUUUCCAUGAAGCAAAGAACGUUACAGUCUCUGAUGUCCCUCUGGAAUGCUACCCUUGCUCGGAUUUCAUCAACCUUGUUGUCAAGAGACUGGACAUUGGCGAGGAGAAUGCUAGGGAGUGGUGCACGAUGUGCCCGUCUCCGGAGUCUGACCAGAAGACCGCUUCGUUUUCCCCUUUUUCGAAGUCGUUUUUUGGGGUCGCCGGCUGGGAUCCAUUCCGUUGUCCUGGGUGAUAGGCAGAACACAGGGUCCGCUUCGCGAAAGUCAUAUUCUUGGUCGUACUGAUGGUGAGUUGACGCUGCUCUUAUGUUCAGUAGUUCUUCUCGACUGUAUGCAAUGAAACCUAAGAAGACCUGGGGUACCAAUGUAAGAAAUAACACGUAAAAAAAACAAAAAACUGCAUAGUUUCCUAGGAAUGCGAAGCGAGGCGGCCAUCUCUGUCGGCGCCGGUGCCGGUGAGGCGGGUUGCAGGAGAGUAUUUAGAAGUUGAGGUUUAGCAAAAUGUUUUAAAAGAUAUGCGAAGAAAAAUAUGUAAAAAAAAAAAAAAAACGAUAUAUAUACAAGGGACACGACACGACGUCUGACUGCUACGCCAUCUUGGAUCCUUAUCCCGGUGGAACCAGAUUGAUUGGUGUUCACGCAGCUAUCAGGUUGGUUUUACCAGGCUAUAAAUCCCUAGGGGGGAAAAAAAUGUUUUACUGGAAUUGGUUGGAGUUGAACGUUUUUUGAUAAAAGUUAGGUCUUAAAAGUAAAAUGCUGAUAGCUAAUAGGAUACGACACCGGUAUCUAAGUCACAGAUUUGGACUAUAAAAAGGAUUUUCCUUAGCAUAUGAAGGAUUAUCUCACUCUUGUAAAUUUGAAGUAAGUUAAAUUCACAGAAGGCUGCUGAAGGGAGAACAGCUCAUAAUAAUGGCCAUACUGGAGCAAAUGGAAUGGCAUCAAACACUUGCAAACCACAUGUUUGAUGUAUUUGAUACCAUUCCACUGAUUCCACUCCAGUCAUUACCACGAGCCUGUCCUCCCAAAUUAAGGUCCCACCAACCUCCUGUGGUAAAUUGUAUAAUGUUGAUUUGCUUGCGUCGUUUUGAAACUCCCAAGCGGAUUUAUAGUGAAACUAAAUUAUUUUGGGGCACGACAUUUAGAUAUGAAAAAAAAAGUUGUAUAACUAGGGAACGGACAGUGCAGAAUGGUUAUAUUCCUUCUAACUGUUCUUCUUAAAAAUCCUGUUUCUACACGUGCUGAAUCAUGCUUGCUGACUGUGGGACAGUAGAGUUAAACAUUAAUUUACCUUGCAUAAAGGCUUCUCUGACAAAGCACCUUCUUUCUGAAGCUCCUCAAACAGAUAAUUGCUUUGCUUCUUGAACAUGGUUGAUUUUGGCGAGAUCCUGAGGUCCAUUGGAGACUUUGGAUUAUUCCAGAAGCUCAUACUAUUGGGACUAUGCUUCCCGAAUCUUGUCCUGCCUUUCCACCUGGCCAGUUUGAUUUUCAUCCAGUCAGACCCUGAGCGCCACUGUAACACUGACUGGAUACUUAGAGCUGGUUCCAAUCUGAGCAGUGAGGAACAGCUGAAUCUGACCGUGCCCCGGCAGGAGGAUGGAACCUUCAGUAGGUGCCUGAUGUUUACCCCUGUAGACUGGGACAUUGACAUCAUCAGGGAGCAUGGACUCAAUCAGACCACUGACUGCCAGAAUGGAUGGGAGUACAACAAUAUAGUGUAUGAAGCCACCAUAGUCACUGAUUUUGAUCUUGUCUGUGGCAAAGCUAACGUUGUCGGACUUGCACAAACUGUGUUCAUGGCUGGCAUUCUUCUUGGUUCACUCUUGUUUGGACCUUUUGCUGAAUCAUUUGGUCGCCAACGAGCAACUCAGAUACCCAUGGUUAUUAUGCUCAUUUUUACUGUAACGACAGGCUUGUCUCCAAACUUUUAUUUGUAUAUGGCAUCCCAGUUUUUAGUAGGGAUCGCAUAUGGUGGAUUUCGAAUCAACUGCAUUGUAUUAGCAACUGAAUGGGUCGGAGUGACAAAACGUUCUUAUGGGUCUUGUUUGAGUCAGACGUUCGGUGGAGUUGGCCAGUGCAUCCUUGCUGGCAUGAUCUUCUUCAUCCGAGACUGGAGACUUGCUCAGUUUGUCAUGGCUGUACCAAUAGCAGUGGUCACAGUGUACAUAUGGUUUAUUCCUGAAUCAGCCAGGUGGUUAUUGGAUCAGGGGAAAACAGAGGAAGCUAAGAAGUUGAUACUCAGGGUAGCAGCCAUCAACAAACGCACAGUUCCAGAUACAAUUCUAGAGAAGAUAGCUGAGAAGAAAGUUGUUCAGAAGGGAGGCAUACUCAUUCUCAUCAGAUCUCCUGUACUUAGGAAAUACUUCUUAACUAUUACUCUUGCAUGGUUCUCGUUAAACCUCUCCUACUACUCUCUGUCCUUUAACGUUGGAAACUUUGGCCUGGACAUCUUCUUGACACAGCUCAUGUUCGGACUCACAGAGAUACCAGGUCAUAUACUCUGCAUCUUUAUACUGGAAUAUUUGGGGAGGAAGAUAUCCUUAAUGUCUACCCUUCUGACUGGCGGAUUCACAUGCUUCCUAAUCCUGGCUGUUCCACAAGACAACGCCGUUGCUAUUACUGCUCUUGCUGCUGCGGGGAGGUUUUUCAUGAACAAUGCUGGAUCCAUUUGCAACGUCUAUCUUCAGGAGCUGUUUCCCACCUCUGUUAGACAAACGGCCACAGGCUUGGCCUCAAUAGCGAUCAGAAUUGCUGGAAUACUGUCACCAAUGCUCAACAUAUUGGCCACAUACCAUUGGUCUAUCCCCACGAUCGUGUUCAGCAGCCUGUCAUUGGUUGGUGGGGCUCUGGUCUUUCUGCUUCCUGAGACCAGGAGGACAGAACUACCUGACUCUACAGAUGAGGCCGAGGGGAAGAGAAAUGUGACUAUCGCCAUGAAGAAAGACAAAGGCUGCAAAGUGGAUGAUUACGACUCUGAAAAAUCUACCAAACUAUAAAGUCAUGUUUAUGUAAGUCUUUUUUCUGGGUAAAUGUAUUUUCAAGGCUUAGUUAGUAAGAGAGUUGGCUGGUGCAUGGUUGUUGUAACAUCAAGGUUUUGAAUUUGAUUCCUGGAUGGGCCACAUAACUUGCUGUUUUUAACUUUGGCUUAUAGAGUUUAAAAAAAUGACUUUACUCUUUUUGUAACUCUGUUCACUAGCUAAAUGGAUCAGAAACAUACGAUAAAAGUGUCUACUAAAUUAACAUAUUAUUAUUAUAUUUGAAAUUAAAUACAUUCGCAGUGCAUCAAGGA